GGCCUCGGACUCGGCGGUGACAGCGGCUGGCCUGAGCUCAUUCCUGUUUUCCUGGGAGGCCCGACUUCAACCCCAGGCUCCGCUCGAUCCUGUAAAAUGCAGGCUCCGGGCUCCAGGGCCGUGCACCUGAGCGAGUGGCAGAAGAACUACUUUGCAGUUACGUCUGGCACGUGCACAGCCGCGCAGAAGGCGGAGGCCUACCGAGCGCAGGUGCUGCGCGUUCAGUACGCGUGGGCCAACUCCGAGAUCUCCCAGGUCUGUGCUUCCAAACUGUUCAAAAAAUAUGCAGAGAAAUACUCGGCAGUCAUUGAUUCUGACAAUGCUGAAACUGGCUUGAAUAACUAUGCGGAACACGUGUUAACUUUAGCGCCAUCUCAGCAGACGGACAGUGACAAGUGGCAGUCGGGACUGUCGACGAGUAAUGUUUUCCAGAUGCGCAGCGUGCGGGAGAUGAUGCGGGCUGGCGAGAAGCUCCGCGGCUCCCUGCUGGGCGCUGCUGAUGCUUCGGUAGUGAUCCACAGCGGGGCCCUGGCCGCCGAGCCUCCCAAGUUUAGCGCUUGUGGUUCUGGGGAGAGCGACCCAUUGACUAAGCCAGCUCACGGUACAGGCUGGACCCAGGGCGGCCCGGGGAGCGGUCCCUCGGGCCCUCUGAAUGCCCAGCCCCCUGUGGCGACCAACACCCCCAAGACAUGUGCCCCGGCCUCAGCACCCUUUGGUGACUUAGCCACCCCGUUGUUUGGAAAUGUCAGGAAGGAAAACGGCCGCGCUCCAAAAGCCAGCCCGGGACUGAGUCUGUUCUUCGCCCACCAGUCCCGCGCUCCUCCCGGCAGUGACAGCCCCUGGGACAGGAGCGCUUUCUACGGCUCUGGCCCCGCCGAUGCCCUUUCUGCCCCGACCCUGAGUAAGGCCCUUAGGAAAACAGAGGGGAGCGGCCCCCGGGAGGAAGGUGGCCUGCCGACCUUUAAAACCGCCAAGGAGCAGCUGUGGGUGGAGCAGCAGAAAAAGCACCACCCUCCUGCACGGGCGGCGGCGUCCUGUGGCGGCGUCAAGAAGUCCCUGGGAGCCAGUCGGUCCCGAGGAAUUUUUGGGAAGUUUGUCCCUCCUGUACCUAAGCCAGACGGGGGGGACGCGAACGGGGGGGUGCAGUACAAGCCCGACAGUGCCGGACCCCCAGAGCCAGCACCCCCCGUGGAUGAGCGUUUGAAGAGCUUGGAGCCCAAGAUGAUCGAGCUGAUUAUGAGUGAGAUCAUGGACCACGGGCCCCCGGUGAGCUGGGACGACAUCGCGGGGGUGGAGUUCGCCAAGGCCGCCGUCAAGGAGAUCGUCGUGUGGCCCAUGCUGAGGCCCGACAUCUUCACGGGCUUGCGGGGCCCGCCCAAGGGGAUCCUGCUCUUCGGGCCUCCGGGGACCGGGAAGACCCUGAUUGGCAAGUGCAUCGCCAGUCAGUCCGGGGCCACCUUCUUCAGCAUCUCGGCCUCCUCCUUGACCUCCAAGUGGGUGGGCGAGGGGGAGAAGAUGGUCCGCGCGCUGUUCGCCGUUGCGCGGUGCCAGCAGCCCGCUGUGAUAUUCAUCGAUGAGAUCGACUCCCUGUUGUCCCAGCGGGCAGAUGGUGAGCACGAGUCCUCCAGGAGGAUCAAGACCGAGUUCCUGGUGCAGCUGGACGGAGCCACCACGUCUUCUGAAGACCGUAUUCUAGUCGUGGGCGCAACCAAUCGGCCUCAGGAAAUCGACGAGGCGGCCCGCAGGAGGCUGGUGAAAAGGCUCUACAUCCCCCUCCCGGAGGCCUCCGCCCGCAAGCAGAUCGUGACGCGCCUCAUGUCCAGGGAGCAGUGCUGCCUCCGCGAGGAGGAGGUCGAGCUGGUGGUGCAGCGGUCGGAAGGGUUCUCGGGCGCCGACAUGACGCAGCUGUGCAGAGAGGCGUCCCUCGGCCCCAUUCGCAGCUUACAGGCCGCCGACAUCACCACGAUCACGGCGGACCAGGUCCCGCCCAUCACUUACGUGGACUUUGAAAAUGCGUUUAGAACUGUGCGACCCAGCGUGUCUCCCACAGACUUAGAGCUUUAUGAGAACUGGAACAGAACCUUCGGGUGUGGGAAGUGAGCAGGCCCCACAGUGAGAGGGCAUCUGUGAGGCACAGUCUUGCCCGGCCUUGAGCUCCGGAACCUGGGGCUUCACCCGUGGUCCUGGGAGGGUGUCUCCUGAAUCCGGAACCGCAGAUGAAGCAAUUGCAAUUGGCAGCCUGUGUUGCUAGAAGCCUGAUUUUCUUCCAGUUAUUCCCCAAUGUGUACACCUGGUCACACCCAACGCGAGGGGUCUUGUUUCUGACGUCUUUCUUUUUAAGGUGUGCAGUGGGAUGAAUAGCGAGCCCAGACCGAAACUCAGUCCUACUUGUAAACGAGGGUGUGUGAUUUGCACGCACCUUUCAUGGCUAGUCUGGUUUACGGCGUGGCUCACUGUUGUUUAAGAUGUGAGAGCUCACCCGACACUGGAGGGGAAGUGCCCGUUUUUACUUCGGGUUGUGACCUCUUACUGUUCUCCCACCAGGACCUGCUAAUAAAACAUGUUCACAAAGAGAGUGUGGUCUACUAGCAGAUGUACCGUAGGCUUGAAGGUGCAUGGUUUUCUAGGGGCAGGUGUUGUCUGACAAUAUGUGUUCGACGCUAGGU